AGCGCGCAUGAGCGUACGUGCGAGCCUGUGCGCGUGCGCUCGAGAGCGACAUCGCCCCCGACUGUGGAGACGUGUCCGGCGCUAGCCCCGUUACAGGUAUCGCUGGCUACCCUCCUCCUUCGCCCCUCCUUUCCUCCUUUACAUUGAAUUCAAGUCGGGGUUGAAUUUCGAGAGGGGAGUCCGAGGACCUGGGGCCUGAUUUCUUUUUCUCUCGCCAUGCUUCUUCGGGCUGUGUACAUGUGUGGUGGUGCCUGAGAGGCGAUACAGGAAUGUGUUUCUGAUCAUCUGAAUCUUAAUCAUGUCCAACUGCCUGCAAAAUUUCCUGAAAAUUACAAGCACUCGUCUUCUGUGUUCAAGAUUAUGCCAACAGUUAACAAGAAAUAAAAGGAAGUUUUUCGGAACUGUGCCAAUAUCCAGAUUGCAUAGGCGAGUUGUCAUUACAGGCAUUGGCUUAGUGACUCCUCUUGGUGUUGGAACUCACCUGGUUUGGGAUCGUCUUAUCGGAGGAGAGAGUGGAAUUGUUUCACUGGUUGGUGAAGAGUAUAAGAGUAUCCCUUGCAGUGUUGCUGCUUAUGUGCCAAGAGGUAGUGAUGAAGGUCAGUUCAAUGAACAAAACUUUGUGUCCAAAUCAGAUAUCAAGUCCAUGUCUUCUCCCACCAUCAUGGCCAUUGGGGCUGCAGAAUUAGCCAUGAAGGAUUCUGGCUGGCAUCCUCAGUCAGAAGCUGAUCAAGUGGCUACUGGUGUUGCAAUUGGCAUGGGAAUGAUUCCUCUUGAAGUUGUUUCUGAAACUGCUUUGAAUUUUCAGACAAAAGGUUACAAUAAAGUUAGCCCAUUUUUUGUCCCUAAGAUUCUGGUCAAUAUGGCAGCAGGCCAGGUCAGCAUUCGAUAUAAACUCAAGGGCCCAAAUCAUGCAGUAUCCACAGCCUGUACCACAGGAGCUCAUGCUGUGGGAGACUCAUUUAGAUUUAUAGCCCAUGGUGAUGCUGAUGUGAUGGUGGCUGGAGGUACAGAUUCUUGUAUUAGCCCUUUAUCUCUUGCUGGGUUUUCCAGAGCCCGGGCUCUGAGCACAAACUCAGAUCCCAAGUUGGCAUGUAGACCAUUUCAUCCAAAGAGAGAUGGUUUUGUAAUGGGAGAAGGUGCAGCUGUGCUGGUGCUGGAAGAAUAUGAACAUGCUGUUCAAAGAAGAGCCCGGAUCUAUGCAGAAGUUUUGGGCUAUGGACUCUCAGGUGAUGCUGGUCACAUAACUGCCCCUGAUCCUGAAGGAGAAGGUGCCUUAAGGUGUAUGGCUGCUGCUUUAAAAGAUGCAGGUGUGCAGCCUGAGGAGAUAUCCUAUAUCAAUGCACAUGCUACUUCCACACCAUUGGGAGAUGCUGCUGAAAACAAAGCUAUCAAACAUCUCUUCAAAGACCAUGCAUAUGCCCUUGCAGUUUCCUCAACUAAGGGAGCAACAGGACAUCUGCUGGGAGCUGCAGGGGCGGUUGAGGCAGCUUUUACCACAUUAGCUUGUUAUUAUCAAAAACUACCACCUACUUUAAACCUGGAUUGUUCGGAACCAGAAUUUGAUCUCAACUAUGUUCCACUAAAGGCACAGGAAUGGAAAACUGAGAAAAGAUUUAUUGGCCUCACCAAUUCCUUUGGUUUUGGUGGUACUAAUGCAACACUUUGUAUUGCUGGACUGUAGAACAUAUCAUUUGUAAUUAAAUACUGAUUUUUAAAUGUUA